UGACCAUGUCGACCUUGACCAGCCGACCCACUUGGCGCGACAGUUGAUUAGCUAACGUGUUGACAUCGAGGUGGGUUCCGAUUUGAAGUAUAUCAGAUGUCGGAAACGAAGAUUGCAAUGAGGAGUCCUUAUUAAGUAGAACUACUUCUUAUAGUAAAGGUCGAGUCACGACCAGUAAAACCUGGAGUAUUAAACUCUGUAUCAGUAAAUAUCCAUAAACUGUUCGCAUGUAACGGAAAUCAAUAGGAACGGAGAAUCUUACGAUUAAGUUCAUACUCAAUCAACGAUUUCUUCAUCACUGUAACUUGUACCUGUUUACUUUUCUGUUCACCUUAUAUAAUUGAGAGAAGUUAAUGAUUUCGGCUUCCCUUUUUUAUUACGACUGUUUUUUGUAUUCUAAACUAGUCAGGUUCUUCUUGUGGAAACAUUUACUAUUAGACUGAGUUGUUUGUCUUGCCGUCACACACCAUUGUAUAAUUCAAUGAUGGAAAUUGAGAUUAACAGUGAUCUGAGUGGCGAUCAGAACCGUCCAGAACGUACUUAUGAGGAACAAAUACAAUGUGUAGGUGUGUUCGCCCAGCCUAUGGCUUCAAAAAAAUUAACAAAGCGUUUGUAUAAACUCGCUCGAAAAGCUAAACGCGUAAAGAAAACAGAUGUCGGAAUCAAAGCAAUCUUAAAAGCCAUUGAAAAGAAAGGUGUAUCUGGUAUCGUCGUAUUAGCUGGUGAUAUUAGCCCGUUUGAUCUGAUAUCCCAUGUGCCAUUGGUGUGUGAGGAGCACGACAUACCUUACUGCUAUGUUCCGUCAAAGUUUGACCUCGGUGCAUGUGUAUCUUCAGUUACCCCUAUACCUAUCGUUUUCAUAACACGGGAUGAACAGUAUGGUGAUUUGUAUGACAAGUGUUACACUGCUGUUGACGCAUUACCUCUUCCUUUAUAAAAUCCCUGUAAUCAAAAAGCAGAAUUUUUUCAAUAAAAAUAUUAUUGCACUUAUUCUUCUGAACAGUCGCUCUUCGCAUUACAACACGUGAUAAUUUUAGUACUAUAGUCGACAUAUUUUAUUUGCAUAACUUAAUCAUUAUUUAGUACUGGUAUAUAAUUUCAAAAAAGUAAAUUAACAGAUGAACGUAAAUGACUUCAUUAUACUGAUUCAACACUAACAAGCGUGUUAGUGCUAAUUAAUAAAAUUCCCGAUAGGGUCAGAAUCGUUGUUUGGCCAUCAUCUCUAGUCAAGUAGUUUAUUUUUAUCAUUGAGUUUUCAUUAUUUUGCAUAGUAUCGGUAUGGCAACUUGAACCGAU